CUUCCACCAGAGAGUGAGUGAGUGACUGAGUGAGCUCCCCCCUCCCCAUCCAAAUUCAUGUCAAUGCAUCUUCUCUGUUCUUCUUUCAGGGUUUCCUCUUUCAGUUUUUCUCAAAAAAUGGUCAAAGCAAAUGUAAAUAACUUUCCUUUACAGUGACAAAUCGGGUUUUUGGCCCGGAAUGGGAUGCACCGUCCCGUCAUCUUCGCCUAUUCUUCUUAGAUUAGAUCUGGAGAUUCCAUUUUUUGACCUGAUUAUUCUCCAUUAGCUUCAUAAAAAGCUGAUUUUGUGUGUGUGUGUGUGAAUCUUUUCUUUGUUUCUUGGAUCGAUCUUUUGCUCUGAAAUGGUUUGAGAUUUUCCUUUUUUGUUGUUGUUUCCUUUUUGGGGUCGAAAAUGGGAGGUUUUGGCAAUAUGGGGUUGCUGUUCUUGACUGUGUUGGGGGUUCUUGAAUUCCCGGCGGCGAGGUCCGGCGACGCCGACGCUCUUCUGGCGUUGAAAUCUGGGAUUGACCCGGGGAACUCGCUGGCUGACUGGGUGGGUAGUGGCGCCGGGAGUGUUUGCCGGUGGCGAGGCGUGAAGGAGUGCGUGAAUGGGAGGGUGACGAAGCUGGUGGUGGAGGGGCGGAACUUGAGCGGCGCGGUGGAUGGACGGAGUCUGGGGCGGCUGGAUCAGCUCCGGGUGCUGAGCUUCAAGGACAAUUCCCUCUCCGGCGAAAUCCCCUCCCUCGCCGCCCUCCCCAACCUCAAAUCUCUCUAUCUCAGCAACAAUAACUUCUCCGGCGGAUUCCCGGCGAGCCUAGCCCUCCUCCACCGCCUCAAGAUCAUCGCCCUCUCCGGGAACUCACUCUCCGGCGAAAUCCCGCCGUCGCUACUCCGCCUCCCGCGGCUCUAUGCCAUCUACCUCCAGGACAACCAGUUCGCCGGAGAAAUCCCGGCAUUUAACCAAACAACCCUGAGAUUCCUCAACGUCUCCAACAACCGGCUCUCCGGCAGAAUUCCAACCACUCCGGCCCUGGCAGCAUUCAACGAAUCCGCGUUCUCCGGUAACCCCGAACUCUGCGGCGUGCAAUUACACAAAGAAUGCCCGAAUCCCGCCAGCCCCGGAACCAAACGAAGCCGCCGGAAAAGGAACCGGAAACUGUUCCUGAUCGUAUUCCCCGUUGCCGGUGGGAUUCUGCUACUGCUCCUGGCUACUCUGACCGCCUGUCUGAUAAGGAGACGGAGACGGAGAAGAAACGGCGGCGAAGUGAGGAGCAAAGGAGCCGCCGCGGCGGCGGCGGCGGGUGGGGAUGAAUCUGGGACCAGUGGCAUGGGAGGUAAUAACGGGAGAAAAGAAGGGUCAUUUUCGUGGGACGACAAUCAGGGAGGUGGAGGUGCAGGGACACUGGUGUUCUGCGGACCAGGGGAUCAGCAGAUGAAUUACAGGCUGGAGGAUUUAUUGAGGGCCUCGGCAGAGACCCUAGGGAGGGGCACAAUGGGAAGUACAUAUAAGGCCGUCAUGGAAUCCGGCUACAUCGUGACGGUGAAGCGGCUGAGGGAGUCGCGGUACCCGCCGCUGGAGGAGUUCCGCCGCCGCGUCGAGAUUCUCGGCCGGCUGAGGCACCCCAAUUUGGUCCCUCUCCGAGCCUAUUUCCAAGCCAAAGAGGAGCGCUUGCUUGUCUACGAUUAUUUCCCUAAUGGCAGCCUCUUCUCCUUAAUCCAUGGGUCAAGAGCUACUUCAAGUGGUUCAAAGCCACUCCACUGGACAUCCUGCCUGAAAAUAGCCGAGGACGUGGCGGCCGGCCUCCUCUUCAUCCACCAGAGCCCCGCCGGCCUCACCCACGGCAACCUGAAGUCCUCCAACGUCCUCCUCGGCCCCGACUUCGAGUCCUGCCUCACCGACUACGGCCUCGCCCCGUUCCGGAACCCCGACUCCCCCGAGGAAUCCGGUGGCGCCGCCUCCCUCUUCUACCGCCCGCCGGAGUGCCGGGACCCGCGCCGCCCGCCGACCCAACAAUCCGACGUCUACAGCUUCGGCAUCCUCCUCCUCGAACUCCUCACGGGCAAGACCCCGUUCCAGGACCUCGUCCACCAGCACGGCUCCGACAUCCCGAGGUGGGUGCGGUCCGUGCGGGAGGAGGAGGCCGACUCCGGCGACGAGCCGGCCGCCGCCGCCGGGGGAACCGGCGCGGCGGCCGACGAGAAGCUCGCCGCGCUGCUCGGCGUCGCGAUGGCGGCGGUGGCGGUCUCGCCGGAGAGCCGUCCGACGAUGAGGGAGGUGCUGAAGAUGGUGAGGGAUGCCAGGGCGGAGGCUCAGGUGUCGUCCAAUAGCAGUGACCAUUCUCCGGGGAGAUGGUCGGACACUGUUCAAAGCUUGCCUAGAGAUGAAAAUUUGAGCAUAAUGUGACAUUUUACUCAGUAUAUUAUAGGACGAUGAGAGGCGCAUGAGUUUUAUUUGGUGUUGUUUUACUCGUACUCCGUAUUUGGCAAGGUCAUGAUUUGUUAUUUAUUAGGCGUUGUACAUUUUGUUAGUAUAAUAGUACCUCCUAGUUUGAUUUUAAUUUUUAUUUAUUAAUAAAGUAAAGUUUUUUUG